CUUCCCUUGCAAAUCCUCGCGUGGCUCCAGCUGCGCCCGGUGAGCGCAAAAGCGCAGCGGAGACAGGGCAGUAUAAUGUUCUCAGUGACACAUUCUGGACCAUCUCUUUUUCUUGGUGAAGUAGAAAGAGUCACUCUGCGUUCAGCUCAGGUCCCAGUCUCCUUUGAGGAGGUAGCUGUGCAUUUCACCAAAGAAGAGUGGUCUCUGCUGGGUCCAGCCCAAAGGGCGCUGUACAAGAAUGUCAUGCUGGAGAAUUAUGAGCAUGUGACCUCUCUGGACGGGCCUUUGAUUCCCCCGCCCCACCUCAUCUCCUGGUUGAAAGAAACAGAAGAGCGGUUUGCCCAGGAGAGACUGACAGUGACGUCUUCCAGAUCCUUUAUUGGUGGUGGUGUGGAAGGAUCUGUUCUGCCCUUUACGGAGGGUUUGGUGUCCUCUGAGGAGGUGAUUCCAGGUUUCACCAAGGAGAAUUGUGCUCUGCCGGAUCCAGGCCAGAGGGCCCUGUAUGCGGAAGGAAUAUUGGAAAAUUAUGGGAACGUGGCCUUUCUAGAUCAUAAUUAUGUAUGCUUCUUUCCAAAAGAAGCAUCGCAAGACACAGAGUGGCUGACGGCAGUGGCACCCCCCGAGACGCCGCCCGCCCAAGAACACCAGCGGAUACGCGCCAAGUUCUGGUCCGACGAGGAAAUCGGCACUUUCAUCAACCUCUGGAUCAGCCCAGAGGCUCAGGAACACCUUCAGACCAGCAGGCAUGACAGCCUGUACCCCUGGUUUUCCAAACAGAUGUCGCAAAGGGGGUACGCCCGCAGCCCUGCGCAGUGCAAGGAAAAGCUGCACGCGUUGAAGAAGAAGUUUAAGGAAAUCCGCAGACACAACCAGCAGUCCGGCGUCGAGCCUCGUACGAUGACGUUUUACGACAAGCUGGCGAUUAUUCUGCUGGGCAGGAAGGACGUGACGUCCCGUUAUACCUUUGGCGGCGGCGUUCCCUUGCCGCACCCGCCGAGAGUCAGGCGUCGUCCCGAGGAGACCUGCUUUUCUCCAGGGAUGUCAAGGCAAGCGUCUGCACAAAAAGAGGGACACUCACAGAUCGAACCCAAUGCGCCCUGGCCGCCCGGUACACCAAAGCAGCGGAAUGUCCCAUCUGCUUCUGUCUCCAGAUCCACCAACAGGGGUCCCCACCAUAAGGUGCUCCGUAUUGAGCCGCUUCGUCCUACGGUACACCCCCUGAGUCCUUCGCUGUUGUCCCUCCAAGCUGCUCAUUCUAUGUCAGAGACAAGCAGCCCCCCAGCCUGCUCUUCCAGUACAACCAGCCCCACAUCCUUGGCUACGGAUCUGACAAAAUCUCCCUGUGCCUCACAGCUGGUUUUCCGGGCACAACGUGAAUCUGAGGAUGCUUCGUCUAAAUCGAAGGACGUCGUCAAUGCCGUUCGGGAAGAAGUGUGGACUACCGUCCCUAGGGAAUUGCAGUUGGAGCUUGAGUUUCCUGGGAAAGCUACGGAUGUCUGCCCUGAAGAGGGUCGGGUACCAUCGAGGCACUUGCCCCAAGAAGAAGAGGACCAGCGCACGUACCCAACUAUAGCGGCUCUAGACAAGAUGGUGAUGCAGUCUAUCGCUCGUUCCGGAGUGCCCCCACCUGAGGUGGGAAUUGAUCUGCUAAGAGCCAUUCUUCCAGAAUUGGCUCAAGGUCAGGGGUGUGUCAAUAUACCCCCUCUCGAACUGGGUUUGGGACACCCAUUUGCAGAACUCUGUGACCCCACAUUUACCAGCUUCCCGACAAUGGAGGAUUUGUCCGGACCAGAAGAUCCACCUAUUGGACAGAGGCCUCAGCCACCAGCAGAGGAGGAGACACCCGCAGAGGCUGUUGAACCCAGGGAGGCAGCGGCGGAGACCGAGGGUCCACUAAGCAACGCGGAGGAGACCCCUCGUGUACGGAACAAGCGGAAAUUCGACCGCGCACAGCUCGCUCGGGACUUGGUGAACACCAUCGAAGCGUCGAGUGAGUGCACGUUUAAACUUUUCAAGGACCAGAACGCUGAGGAGAAUCGAAGGCGAGCCAGUGAACGUCUGUUGACGGUGUGGUCCACCCAGACCAUCGUGGAGUGCAUCCGCAGUUCCGUAGAGUCGCUGCGCGCCGGCUUGGACGCCUCGGAUCGUAUGUUUGAGCGGGUCAUGAGGGAGCGGAACGCCGUCCUGAAGCAGCAGACGGAAGUUCUGCGGACGUUGGCGGAGGCCCUGCGAGCAGCUGCUCCAGGGUUGCAGGCCCGACCCGCUUGUGCUCCCUCACGGCAGUUCCUGUCCCCUCCUGCUCAGGGUCUGCAGCCCGCCACAGUGCCUCUGCUCCAUCAGCCACAAGGCACCGCACUGACUCAUCCCAUGUCUCCUAAGCCUGACCUUCCGGGAGAACCUACCACAGACUUUUUGGAUGCACCACACCCGGGGCAGGGACUUUCUGAUCCAGUUGUUGCAACACAGCUGCAGCCAAGGACAUCUGUCCAGCAGGCCCCAACUGGGAUGGAAGCAGAAAGCCCCCAAGGCAGAGACGUGGCUUCAAAGUAGCCUUUCUCUUUCUCUCCAACCCCUAUUGCUCACCCCCUACCCUUGUAACAUUGCAUUGAUACAUCAGGUAAGUCCUUUUCUGGGCAGCUUGGAAAACACUCAGAGCAAGGCAGUAAUAUAUACGAGGAACUGGGCAUGUUUAGCCUGGAGAAGAGAAGAUUGAGGGGAGACAUGAGAGCACUCUUCAAAUACUU